AUGCUCAUCAACGGCAAGAACAACUACCCAUGUGGUAAUGCCACUGUCGGCCAAACUUGCACACCUAAUGCUGGUUUGGCCUCGUUCAAAUUUCAGAGCGGCAAGAAGCAUCGCCUUCGGCUUAUCAACCACGCCGCCGGGGCACUCCUCUUCUUCAGCAUCGAUGGCUACGAGAUGACUGUGAUCGCCAAUGAUUUCGUCCCGGUCGAGCCAUACAGGACAGAUCUAGUCAUAAUGGGCGUCGGUCAACGUACGGACAUUAUUGUGACUGGGAAGAACAACCCCAAGGAAGCAGUGCUCAUGCGUGUAAGCGAGGGUCCGUCCGGCCUGGGACCACAGGGACAGACUGGUUGCUCUCUCAAUACUGGUGUGAGCAUUGAGGCUAUCGCGCCUAUCUACUACGAAGACGCGGACACCACCAUCAUUCCCAACACAACUAGUUCCAUCGAUCCUAGCCGGUAUCUCUUCCCACAGAACUGUGGUAACCAGCCCCUGGACGUCACUGUCCCGGCUUACGCCAUGGAAGUCAAGGAGCCCGACAAAAUUUUAUCGUUCGUGAUGACUGGAGGCUACAACGGCACGGGCGCCUUCGUCUGUAGUAGGUCGGAGGAUUCAAGGUGGUGCUGCGACGUGAUUGGCUCGCUCGCUUUCGGCGGGGUCAGGUCCGCUGGUAUUCCUGUGCGAGGUCACUCGAUAGAUUACACAACACAACGCGUACUGAAAUCAAUACUAUUCUACUUCAAUAUCACCGCACCACAUCAUCGACUACUAGUGACCAUGUCUUCGCAAGAGUCCACCAUCAACCCUCGCACGAAUAAGCCGUAUAGCGCAAAUUACUAUACCCAGCUCAAGCUGGCACAAGCCCUCCCUGUCUCGCAGCACAUCGACGCGCUGCUCAAAGCAAUUUCUGAGAACGUGGUUACGAUCGUCGUAGCCGAUACUGGUUCUGGCAAGACCACACAAUUGCCGAAAGCAAUCGUGCUCUCCGAGCCACUGAGGAAGAGUGAGCGGAAAGUCGUGGUGACUCAACCUCGUCGGCUGGCAGCGGACGGUACCUCCAAGCGCAUUGCAGAGGAGCUGGACGUCGAGCUUGGCGAUUUUGUUGGCGUGAAGUACAGGGGCAUCAACAGGGUGAAGCCAGAAACUCGGCUUGAGGUCGUCACGGAUGGUACUCUCCUUGCGGCUGCGACACGUGAUCCCACUCUUUGCCAGUAUGGGGUCAUUAUUGUUGAUGAAGCGCAUCAACAUACGACAGAUACUGAUCUCCUGCUCGGUCUGCUGAAAGAGCUCGCGCAGAGCCGCAAGGAUGAUCUUAAGAUCAUCAUAAUGUCUGCCACGAUCGACACGGAGCGCUUCAAGAACUACUUCGCCGGCUCCGUGGUCAUGCCUGUUCCUGGAAAGGCGCACGAGGUAGAUAUACGCUACCUCAAAAAGCCAGUCGAGGAGAGCAGGAUGGAUGUCAAGAUCGCCUCCUUGAUUCUCCAAAUCCACUUGACCGAGGAUACCGGCAAUAUCUUGGUCUUCGUGCCCGGCGUCGGCUUGAUCGACAGCAUCAUCACGUCUGUCGCGAACGGCCUAAGGGAAUAUGCCGUAGACGAUGUUGGCGAGCUCGACUGCUACCCGCUCUAUGGUACUCAGUCAUCUGAAGAGCAAGACCUUGCUGUGGAAGCCGUUGCUCCUGCGUCCCGCAAUGGCAAGCCUGGUCGCAAGGUCGUCAUUUCGACCAACAUCGCCGAGACGUCCGUCACUCUUACGGGCAUGGUAUACGUCGUCGACUCGCUGAUGAUGAAGAGCAAAGAGUGGAAUCCUCGGAACGAGUCUCAGUGGCUGCGAGCAAAGGACUGCAGCAAGGCUACCGCGAAACAGCGGGCUGGCAGGGUUGGUCGCACGCGACCGGGCAUCGUAUACCGCAUGUGUACGCAAGAGGCUUUCGAGACGCAGCUGAUUGAACACGCUGUGCCUGCUAUACUCUCGAGCGACAUGCUGAGCGAGUGUGUUUCGAUCAAGAAGCUGGGUCGAGAUCCUCUUACGUUCCCUUACAUCGAACGCCCAGCAUCCGAGACGAUCGCAAAAGCGCUCGGUAUCCUCCAGCAAUUCGGCGCGAUCAAUGUGAAAGGCGAGCUCACGACGCGUGGGGAGCAGAUCGGGCGCUUGCCCAUCGACGUGUAUCCUGCUGCUAUGCUGCUCGAUAGCGCGAGGAUCGGCUGCUCGGACGAGAUCAUCACCAUCGUGUCGAUGCUCGAGGCGACAGAGGGCAUUCCUGGUCAAUGCUUCGUGAGGCCCAAGACCAAGGAGGAGAAGGCCAAGCUCCAGCGCGUCAAGCGCCACUUCUCAUGCAGAAGCGGCGACCACAUCAUGCUCCUCAAUAUCUACAUGGCGUGGAGAACGGCCGAGGCUACAGGCACCACUGAAGCGUUCUUGCUGGAGAAUCUGCUCGCGGGGAGUGUACCAAGGUCUGCACAUACGACCCGGAUGCAACUAGUGGCGAUGCUCACCGCCCUUCCAGAGCACGAGUGGAAGCUGGUCAAUCCGGAUCCAUCGCACCCGGAGUACUAUGCCUACAUCAUGAAAGGUCUCUCCACUGGUAGCUUCACGCGUAUCGCUAAGCGUGAUCCUUUCGAUCUGAAGCGAUACACAACGGUCUCCUGUGGCGCAGAGGCCGAAUUUGCUCUGGACGUCGACAUCAGCCCUGCUCCUGAAUGGGUGAUGUACCACGAGUUCACCGGCUCUCAGAUCUCUUGCGUCUCUCCAAUCCCAGCGGAGCAUCUCAUCGCCACUAUGCCGGAGUACUGGCGUGAGGCAGAGCUCAAGCAUCACGGCCACGUCAAGGAUGGGCUGAUCAAGGCGAUUGCGAAGAUGACUGGACAAUCCGAGGCUGUUGUCCGUGGAGGUAUGCCGAAGCCAUCGUCAGCACCCAGCACCUCCAAGUAA